UAGUUAAAUUUCAUCAAAAAAUAAAUGACAAAACUAGUAGUAGAAGAAGAUGGCUAAAUUUUACAGAUACCAUAUCUGUUUAUAAGAAUAUAGUAUUCGAACAUAUAAAAGGAAAAGAAAACGAAUUAGCUGACCAGUUAAGUAGACUACAACUGGGAAUAAAUAAAUAAGUUUAAUUUUACUCAUUUGUUUUCAGCAUGAGACCAACAGGACUACCUCCUGCAGACAAAGGCAAAGGUGUAGCUUCGUCUUCAGAGUCUUACCAACAGACAAUGUUAGGUAACUUAAAUUUUAGACCACUAGAAUCCCUAGAGACAAUGGAAAGAAUUCAUUUCGGACCAUUUAAUUUAAUUGCAUACCCUGAGAGCAACAUAUCCUUUAGAGUAAGACCAGAUUACGUUUUAGACAGACCCCAAAGGUGUUUAGUAGAUAACCUCUGGAUCUCUUAUAAUAGACAAAACCGUAAUCAUUUCAUGGCAUCUAUGAACUCUUUAUGCCAUUACAUGGCAGAAAAAAGUAGGCCUCGUUUUAAAUACUAUGUAGUCAUUCAUGGAAAAACUAACGGAAUCUUCCAAACAUGGUUAGAAGUAUUAGAAUCCAUACAAGGUUUUAAAGCCCCUCUUUUUAAAGGUUUUAAUGAUUUUACCGAAGCCACCAAUCAUGCUAGAGGAUAUUUAGGGCCAAAUUAUUAUAUAUCUCCUUCCCUUAGACAAAAUCCAGACCAAAUACCCCAGUAUAAUUUGCAAAAAGAGACUGGAAAGAUUAUUUUUUGCAACCAUUGUUCUUCAAUGACGGAGAAUUUCAAAAAGCUAAAUGCUCAAAAAGAAUCACUCCUCAUGGAAAACACUAGAUUGAUCAAACAACUACAAAUGUUAGAAACAAGACUCAGCCAGCAGAAUCUAGCUAGCAAACAGAUGCACAAACUCAGACUCCAGCUCAGAGUUCCCCAUCUCCUCAAAAAAUGGAUGAGAAGGGUGUGCAUUUCCCACUAAAUGCUAAGAAAUCCACUGUACCGGAUGUUGGUACAGCUAGUCCGGUUCAAACGGUGAUUGGUAAAGACAAAUCAAAUCCGUUAAUGGCUGUCACUUUGCCAAAAAGUGAGGAUGAAGGGUGUUCUUCAUCAAACGCUAAAUUAAAGAGAUCUGGAAAUAGGAUUUUAAAGAAGACUUUAAUAUCUAAAAGAAAAAACGAAACAAUAGAGACAAUAUUUAAACAGACGUUAGACAGAUUCUUCAGCAACCAGACACAAGAUAAAUACAUAAAUGGAUAGCCAGACGAACAGCCCACUAAUCUAGACAGAGUUGUGCCAGAGAUAAAAAAUACAGAUAAUAAUUCAGCAAGAUCAGACGAAGAAGAUAGUAUUGCACAAUUCCAGGAUGCCCAGGAUCCAUAUGAAGACAAUGACUCAGGCAUGAGCUUCGACUCCAUUGCCCUGCACAACUUGGACACAUAAAGAUAAUCUACAGUUUCCACAGUUUGUAUUAUUAGCUAGCAUAGUCAAGUGGGGAUGCCUACUUUAUGUCUUGUAAUAAUCAGAGUCAGAGUGCUUCCUUUAUCACUACUUUCCAAAAGAAAGAAAAACUGUUGAAGCAUGCGUCAAAGUAAGUCUGAAAGAAAAUUAAUAACGCAUGUGACGAUGGGGCCCAAAGAGUACCCGACUUGCAUUAUUAAAGUUUCUUUCUUAUCCCUUAUCAAAAAGUGUCGGCCAACUGUGUUGAGGCCACGUAGUAGCCCUUAGAACCUCUCCUUUAUGUAAAUUUUGCCUAUAAAAGGAGUACAUUUUGUAGAGAGAAGAUAGAGUGAAAUCAACCAACUUCACUACCUACUGAAAAUGUGCAAACCUUUCCUCCAAAAAAAACUCGAAGCCAGUCUUUCUUGUAUAAAUUUUGUAUCAGUCAGCUUGCUUUAAAUAAAAGUUCCAACUUUUUUAUUUGAUCUCAAGGGGGUUCCCGAAAGGGAAACCUCUCUCCUAAGUUACUUCAUGUAAGUUCUUAUUUACGUAUUUUCCCCACAAAAAUAUUUAUCUUUAUGUUUUUUAUGUUUUUAUAUCGAUGAUUAAAGUUAUUCUACAUAUCUCUGUACAUCCUGUAAAUUAGUUCUCUUUAUAAAAUCUUACCCUUAGUAUAUGGUUAGCCUUUUAAUUUCUUAAUAACAACGAUGGAUUAACCUAUAAAUUCCUAGGAAUUCUGGCCUUAAUAGUCCACCAGGUCUGCAAAAUAGACACAGGACGAGUGUUAGUUGCUAGAUAAAAAUAUUCCGGGGUGUGGUUAAAGAAGUAAAGUGUUAAGAACAUAGAUUAAGCGGAAGAGAUGAACAGGGUAAGUUAAAAAAAAAAACUCUGGGGAAAAUAUAACCUGUAAGAACGAUAAAAAUGAAGAAGCUAUGAGAGAGAGGGAGUACUGAGUAGGUUUUACACAAAACUGACAAAUUUCCAUCACUAUUCACUAAAAAAUAUAUCUUUCUGCUAAAAUAUAUUUAUAUAUAUAUUCAACAUUUAUCAACAUGUAAAACUCCUUCUCAUCAAUUUGAAAAUCAAUCUUAAAUCAUUCAACAAUAGUCAAGAACAUUGAUACCAUAUUUUCUAAAUAACAUUCUUCAACUCAUAACAUUCUAAAUCAAGAGGUGUUGCAACAUGUGGGGGAGCGUAAUUAGUCAUGCUCUCAAUUCAAUUAUCAACUUUAACACACAUAUACAUACAUAUAUAAGAUUACAAAUCAAUUUGGGGGAAAGGCCUCAAGACCAAAACUUCAUCAUCAAUAAGGUUUCAUAAUAAAUAAAAAAUUGUAGAUCCAAAAUCCCUUUUUGUAAGAUCAUGAUUUCUAAACACUUAUUCAUCAUUAAAAUUAUUUCACCAUACCCAUGUAGUUUUAGGAAAAUUCCACGUACCUUAGAUUAUCAUAUUAGAAAUAUGGAACCCGAGUAUUGAUCUAUUUCCUUGAAAUCUUGGCUGAAGAGUUAGGGAUUUUUCUUGUUCUUGGGAAAUAGAGGAUGAUUUCAAUUGUAGAGAAUGUGAAUUUGGGGUUGAAGGGGCUGUUUUAGGACUGAAAUUAUGUGGUUUGGAUGAUUGGGGUCAAGGGAAAAAGACUAAAAUACCCCUAAGGAAACAAAAAAGUCGCAACAGUCCCUCACUUGAUAGACUGACAUACUGAAGUAAAUUGGGCAUUACUUCUUACUCCGAUGCUGAAUUUGGAAGAAAUAAGUUAAGCUGUAGAGAGGACUCAUCUUUUCAUUUGAUAUAUAGUAUGCUUCCCAAUUCUUUAUAUACAGAAAGUUAUGGUCGAUGAAAGUUGACCCUAAUCUGUGGCCAAACUAUGCCCAGUCUGCUCCCCAUCUGCUGAAGCAGAUGCAAGGCAGAUUAAACCAGUGUGUUCUGCCCCUGAACAACGCCCAAUCUGCUCCCCAUCUGCUGAAGUAGAUGCAAAGCAGAGUAAACCAGUGUGUUCUACCCCUGAACUGCGCCCAAUCUACUCCCAAUCUACUGAAGAAGAUGCAGAGCAGAUUAAACCAGAUUGGAUGGAAAAUACUCCACUUUGCAGAGUCAUAACUUUUAGCUCGGGUAUCGAAUUUAGGCGAAAUUGGUACCGUUAGCAAGAUACUUCUAAGACCUUUCAGUCUAUAUAUAGUAGGCCUUCUAUUUCGUUGUAUACAAGAAGUUAUGGUCGACAAAAUUUGACCCAAGUUGGAGUGUCCACUAAAACUUAAUCGAUGAAAUAGUUUUUGAACUCGUCCUAGAGUUAGAGGAUUUUUGUGACCUCAAUUCAUAUUCAAAGGUAUUCACACAUUAUAGGAUUGAUUAUCACACAUGUAUUAACAAAUAAUCAUUGGGUUCGGGCCUUUACGCAUAGGAACGAUGGUUAAAACUUUAGCCCAAAAGUAUGGGGUGUUACAGAUAAGUUUAUCAUCGGACAUCGAAGAGUUAUCUACUUUAUUUGGGUUCUUCUUAGUUAAUACAUAAGAAAUGUUGAGAAGACUAAGUAUAAUAAAAGCAACUUUACCCUUCCAACUCUUGAAGUGAGUAUUGUUGAACUGGAAUGGCUUGUUAAGAACAUCCGCAGAUUUUUCAGUUGUUUCCAUUGAAUCCUCAUAAAAUUAUUGUUGAAAUUACAAUAAAAUUGCAACUAAAAAAACAAGUGAAGAAAAUAAAAUAUGUAGUAAUUCGCAUAUACUGCCAUUAGAGGAAAAAUGUGCACGUUUUUUUUUUUGGAGCUGUAUAAUGUGAUCAACAAAUACAUUCGCUAAACUCUAAAUUAAUAAUCAUGAUUAAAGAUACACUUUAAUAUAAAUAGAUAUUAAUAUGCUCUUAAUCCAUCAAAAUACUUGUUAAGUUGUUAGAUUUCCUAUUGAAUAAAAACUUAAAGUACUUUUGCGUGAAGUAUGUAAAACAUACUUAAAAUAUCACUUUUUUUUAGUCUCACGCCUAAACUAUGGGAAGUGUAAGAAACACGUCUAAACUAGCACUUAUUCUUUUGAGAAACACAUGUAAAAGAUGACUAGACCAAAUAUUUGCUUACAAACUUAUUUAGGUGUGUCUAGCCAUUAAAAAUUAAUUCAUGUGGCAUAUUUUUAUUCUUUUUUGUUAACACAUUAUUUUUUCACUUUUAAUUAUUUUUUUGUUAAUUUUGAUGUGUGUUUCUCAAAUUAAUAAAUGAUAAUUUAGUUGUGUUUUUUACACUUCAUACUUUUAGCAAAUUAAUACUUUUUGCAAAUUAAAGGUAGUCCCGAUAAUGGAGUGAUAUUCACUUUAUGAGUAAAAAAGUUUUGCUUUCUUUUUUUAAAAUAACUAUUUAUCUCCUUAGCUUAGCUGGAGAUUUGCUUUGAUACUCCUUAUUAUAUAUUAUUGUUUCUUUAUUGACUUAUUAGUCCACUAAAUAUUAGUGGCAGGAAGCUAAUAUAGCACAAAAGUUGUGAUUGGUACAACAAGUUGGCUAAGAAUUUUUUUUAAUAUAUCAAUGAGGUAUAUUUUUAAAGCCAUUAUCAAUCAGGAAUCAAUUUUUUCAUACAAUUGCUUUGGUGCAUAUUUCAAACCAUGGUAUUUCAUAAAUUUACACACUUUAAUUUCUUGGCCAGCGUCAACAGCUCGGAUUGUUCCAUAUAAAUCUCCUCAUUUAGAUCUCCGUUUAAAAAAGCAGUUUUUACAUUCAUUUAAUGAAUUUGUAAAUCAAAAAUUGUUGCAAUAGAAAUUAAAAGUCUAAUGGAUGUAAUUCUAGUUACCGGAGAAAAAAUGUCAAAAAAUUCUAGGCGUUCUAGUUAUUUAAUAACUUUAGCCAGUAGCUAGUUUGUAUUUAUCAACAGAUCCAUUCGGUUUCAACUUUUUACGUAAGACUUAUUUACAUCCAAUUGCUUUACAAUGCAGUGGUAAAUUAACUAGCUUCCAAGUUUUAUUGGAAAUUAGUGAUUCAAUUUCAUCAUUUACAGCCUUUUCCCAAAAAAUAGCAUCAUGCAAAGAUAAAACUUCUUUUAAAGUUAGUGAGUCAUCUCCAACAUUAAAAACAUAACAAUCAGGACCAAAAUUUUGUUUCUACUCUAGCUCGUUUACUUCUUCUUAACUCAAUCAUAAUUUUUUUUAUUUUUCAAAGUAAAAGUAGAAGAACUAGGUAGUGAUAAAAUAUUUUUUUUUUGUCUCAUGACCCCCAUUAUUUUAGAAUCAAAAAGUGCACAAGACUCAAUUAACAUGACAUUAGUCAAUUCAACCAAAGUUCUAUUCUCCCUUUUCGCUAUCGUUAGAUGCAGGAUAACAACGAGGAGUAGUUUCAUGAAUUAUACCCAGCGAUCUAAUAAAAGAAUGAACUCAUUUGACUCAUAUUCAUUGUCUCUAACACUUCUUAUUCUUUUUAUUUUUCUACCAAACUGAUUUUCAAUUUCAUGGAGAAAAAUUUAAAGUUCUCAAAAGCAUUACUUUUAUUUUUUAUUAUGUAAACUUAGUAAAAUCAUCCAUGAAAGUAGUAGAAUAUCAGUUUCCUCCACAAGUUAAAAUUCCUUCAAGUUCACAAAUAUCAAUAUGAACUAAUUCUGAUAAAUCAAUUUUUAUUUCAACUUGAAAAUGAUUUUUUUUUUUUUGUGAUUUUGGCUUUAAUACAAGCCUAACAUUUUUUAAAAUUCUUUUUGAUCACUGGAAUUAAUCCUAUACUACUAAUGAUUCCCACAUAACGAUCAUUUAUAUGACAUAAACGAGCAUGCCAAAAAUUAGUAGAAUAAAGAAUGUAAACAGAAGUAUAUGUUUUAUUCAUCUCAACAUUCAACUGAACAUACCAUCACAGGCAUACCCCUUUCCCAAAAAAGCAUUAUUUUUCACAAUUACAUAUUGAUCUGAUUCAAUAAUUUUUUUGAAGCCUAUUAAGAUUCUCAUAGAAGGAGUAUAAAGUACAUCUUUUAGGAUUAAUAUCCUUCCAGAAGUAAACCUCAACUCGACAUCUCCCGACUUGAGUUGUGUGAGAAUUUUCAAGCAUGAUGGUUUUGAGUUCCUCAAAAUUAGUAUAUUUUAAAUCAGUCUUUGUCAUGCCCACUAUCCAUCAACAUUCUCUACUAUGUUUAUGUUUGUUAUCACCACCACAAAUGGUUCUUUGAUAAUAUUUGCCUGAGGUGUAGGCCCAUGUUUUCAAAAUUUGCAAAAUAGAGCAAUAUGCCCACUCUUUCCACAGACAAAGCACAGUCCCUUUUAUUGAACAUGUUGAUUUUUUGCUUGGUUAUUUAUACCAUUAUUGUCUUUGGGAUGUCUACCAUCAAUUUUUUUGAAUUUUUUCUUCUUAAGCUUCAAAGUAGUAUUUUUGUUAGUUUGAGGGGUAGCAUUAUUUGAAGUUAUUAAAUUUACCUUCGGUGUGAUGUUGUUUUGUUCUGUUUACAAAAGUGAAUCUUUGCCCCGUGCUACUUCUUCCAUGCAGAUUCUCAUUAUCAAAGUCACAAGAGAAGUUUUCUUUUACUUGUGGCACGUAGUUUUUUAAAAUUCUUUCCAUGAAGGUGGAAGUUUAUCAAUUAUGCCACAAACAGUAAGGUUAUCUCCAAUUUUAACUUUUUUCAGACCUGAGCUCUCCAACAACAUUAUGAAGUCCUAAACUUGGUCUACCACUGAUUUGUUGACCACCAUUUGGAAUCGAAAAAAUCUUCUAGCAAAUAUUUUUCUACUCCUGCCUCCUCUAUGUCAUACUUACUCUGUAAGGUUUUCCAAAUUUUCUUUGCACUGGAGUAAGUUCUAUCAUAAUAAUCAUAAAAAUUAUUAUAUAGACAAUUAAAAAGAAAAUAUUGACACUUGUAGGAGUCACCGUCGUACUUUUCAACUUUCUCUUGAAGAGAGAUAAGUUUACCAUCGACCAUUGAAGAGUUAUCUAUUUUUUUUGGGUUCUUCUAAGUUAACACAAGAAACGUUGAGAUGAUUUAAGUAGAAAAACACUUUGCCCUUCCAUCUCUUGAAGUGAGCAUCGUUGAACUGGAAUGGUUUUUUAAGAUCUCCCAUCUUGACUUUUUAUGGAUUUUUCAGUUGUUGCCAUUGAAUCUCCUUAAAAUUAUUGGUAAUAUUAUAAUAAAAUUACAACUGAAAAUUAUAAGUAAAAAAAAAUAAAAUGAAUAGUAAUUGACAUAUAAUGCCAUUAGAGGUAAAAUGUGUUCAUCGUUUUCAUUUUGGAGCUGUAUAAUGAGAUCAACAAAUUCAUGCACUUAACUCUAAAUUAAUAAUCAUGAUUAAAGAUAUACUUUAAUAUAAAUAAAUAUUAAAAUGCUCUUAAUUCAUCAAAAUACUUACUAAGUUGUUAGAUGUCCCACUGAUAAAAAAUUAAAAUACUUUUGAGUGAAGUUUGUAAAACACACUAAAAAUAUCACCUUUUUUUGAGUCUCAAACCUAAACUAUUGGUACCGUAAGAAUAUCAUCUAAACUAUGACCUAUUAGUUUAAGAAAUACAUGUAAAAGCUGACUAGACCAAAUAUUUCCUUUCCAACUUAUUUUGGUGUGUCUAGCUAUUAAAAAUUAGUCCACGUGGUAUAUUUUUAUUCUUUUUUGCUAACACAUUAUUUUUUAUUUUUAAUUGAUUUUUAUUAAAUUUGAAAUGUGUUUCUCAAAUUACUAAGUGAUAGUUUAGGUGUGUUUCUCACAUCCCCAAUAAUUUUAAUAUGAAACUCCAAAGGAAAAAAGGAGGGAUAAUUUAGGUGAUAUUCUUUUUUUUUUUUUUUGAAAUAAAAGAAUUAAAUAAACAUUUAGGAAAGUGGAACAUGUACGGCCACUGUAGAAGCUUCAACUUCAUAAUCUGGGUCAAAAUUCUACUGAAAAAGGAAUGGGUUCUGAUUGUUUGCUAUAAGAUUACUCCCACGUUACUCAUAAUCUGGAUGAAUGAGUUCCAUCUUCCAGCGCCUCUAAUAAUCGAUGAAAAGUCAAGAUUAGGAUCUCUAACUUAUAUCUGGAAGCUGAAAUGAAUCACAUCAACUUAUGAGCUCAGGUUUCAGGUCAUAGUCACAAAUUACAAAAACGAGAUACAGUAGAUAUGGCUCAUGCAAGUAUUGCUUCUCUAACGAGAACAAUAGAAUCGCUCUUGACAUCCAAUUCGCCGAUGCAAUCUCUAACCUGUGAUCACAGAAAAGAAUUUCGUGCUCUUCAUGAAAAGAUUAGUUCCCUGGAAGUAGUUGUCAAGAACUUUGAGAAAAACAAUGUUUCUGGGCAAAUUGCAGAUUUGGAAGUAGAGGUAAAAGAAGUUGCAAAUAUUGCUGAACACACAAUUCAACUAAGAGUAACUGACGUUGUAUCGGCAGAUUAUGAAAAGAUACAUGAGAGGCUUUCUGAUAGCCUUCAACAAGCAGCAAAGGAUAUUAAUCGUAUCUGGAAAAAGUCAACAAAGAUUCAAGAUAAAAGGAAGGUGAUGAAUUUUCAGUGCUUCAUGAUUUUCCAGUGGUUCAAUAUUUUUCAAUGUUUCAACAAAACAUCAAAGGAAUACACAACUGUUGAGGAGAUAACUAUUGGACGUGAUGAUCAAAGGGAAUGGUUGUUAAAUUAUCUGACUACAAGCUACUCUGGUGAACCCAAAGUCAUCCCGAUUGUCGGGAUGGGAGGCAUAGGUAAAACAACCUUAGCAAAAGAAGUUUACGGUAAUAAAUCAGUUCUACGCCGUUUUGAUAUUCGUUCCUGGGCUACUGUAUCUCAACAACACAACAGAAAGGAAAUUUUGCUGUGCCUUCUGCAAUCGGCGAUCAAAAUGGAUGACUCAGUUAGGAUGAAAGGCGAAGCAGAGCUAGCAGACAUGCUGCAGAAAAGUUUGAAGAGAAAGAGGUACUUAAUUGUCUUGGAUGAUAUCUGGAGUUGUGAAGUGUGGGAUCGCGUGAGACGAUGCUUUCCAACUGAAGACAAUGCAGGGAGUCGAAUACUGUUGACUACCCGCAACAACGAAGUAGCCUGUUAUGCUGAUACAGAGAAUCUUUCUUUGCAGAUGGAUUUAAUGGGCCCGGAUGAGAGUUGGAGUCUUUUAAAAAGUGCAGCAUUUUCAAGUGAAGCAUUACCAUAUGGGUUUGAGGCUGUUGGGAAGCAAAUCGCAGAUGAAUGUCACGGGUUACCACUAACUAUUGUCGUGGUUGCUGGACUUCUCAAAUCUAAAAGGGCAAUAGAAGAUUGGGAAAGUGUUGCUAAAGAUGUCAAGUCAUUUGUCAUGAAUGAUCCUGAUGAACGAUGUUCACGUGUGCUUGGGUUGAGUUACAAUCACUUGACUAGCGAUCUAAAAGCAUGUCUUCUUCAUUUCGGAAUAUUUCCAGAAGACAGUGAGAUACCAGUGAAGAAUUUGAAGAGAUCAUGGAUUGCUGAGGGGUUCCUAAAGUUGGAAAAUGAUUUGGAAGGAGAGGCUGAGAAGUGUUUGCAAGAGCUUGUCGAUAGAUGUCUAGUUCUCGUCUGCAAGAAAAGUCUAGAUGGAACAAAAAUUAGAUCAUGUAAGGUUCAUGAUCUAAUAUAUGACCUGUGCGUAAGAGAAAUUCAAAGGGAGAACAUUUUUAUCAUGAACGACAUUGUGCUUGACCAAUCAGUUUCAGCAUGGGGACCUCUCAGUAUGCAAAAAAUGAAGCCCUUUAAACGGGUGACUGGUGAUGAAUAUUUUUACUGUCGCAAUGGUCUUUAUAGGGCUCUUCUUACCCCUGUACGUCGUCAGUUGAGAGAUCAUGACAACAACGAUCUUUUGAAACGAACCCAUUCUAUUUUCUCUUUUCAUCUUGAGGAUUCAUUUUUACCUCCAUUUCUGAAAUCAGAGCUUAGUCAUUUCAAAUUACUCAAAGUCUUGGAGUUGAGACACUUGGGGAUUGGUAAUUUCCCUGUACAGAUACUAAGCCUCAUCUGGUUGAGGUACCUAUCAUUGCUCUGCCAUAUGUGUUUAGACAUACCUCGAGAAAUUUGCAGGUUAUGGAAUCUGCAGACAUUCAUUGUUCAAGGGGUUAGUCCAUUUGUUAAAAUAAAUGUUCCUGAGGAAAUUUGGGGACUAACGCAAUUAAGGCAUCUCAAACUGCCAGCAUUUUAUUUGCCAGAUUGCCCAAGUGGAUCUGCUAACAAAGGAAGAUUAUAUUUUCCAAAUUUGCCAAGUCGAUCUGUUGACAAGGGAAGGCACUGGGAUUUGUCAAACUUACAAACUAUUUCUUACUUGUCUCCACUUUGUUGCAAGGAGGAGGUUAUUAUGGGGAUUCAGAAUGUCAAAGAAUUAGGAAUCAGUGGAUUUGAGACUGAAAUUAUUGGUAUUCGGGACUCUAGGAUUGUCAAUAAUCUUGUCCAUCUGCAGCAACUUGAAACUUUGAGUUUUAUGUGGUGCUCUAAGCUUUUUCCAGAAAGUGCAAGAGCUUUUCCUGCAACGCUCAAGAAGCUGAAGCUGGAAAGAACUUCGCUAAGUUGGUCGUACUUGGACAUCAUUGCUGAAUUACCUAACCUUGAGGUGCUCAAGCUGAUGGAUGACGCUUGUGAUGGCAAAGAAUGGCAUCCAAUUGUUAGGGGAUUUAAUAAAUUGAAGUUUUUGCUAAUUGAAGGUAAUUCUCUCAAGUACUGGAAAGCCACAAACGACAAUUUUCCUGUCCUUGAGAGCCUCAUGAUUAGAAGUUGCCGACACUUGAAAGAGAUACCCAUUGAGUUUGCAGAUAUACCCACACUACAGCUGAUUGAGUUAAGAAAGUGUCCUCCCAAACUUGGGGAAUCUGCUGCACGAAUUCAGAAAGAACAAGAAGACCUCGGAAACAACCCUGUGGAUGUUUGUAUCCCUGCUCCAUAUGAUGACGAUGAUGAUGACGAUGAUGAUGACAAUGAUGAUGAAGAUGACGAUGAUGAUGAUGAUGACGAUGAUGAUGACGAUGAUGAUGAUGAUGAUGAUGACGAUGAUGAUGAUGAUGAUGAAGAAGAAUAUGCAGAUGUGUCAGAUCAAAUGUGCCACAUCAGCUAAAAAGUCGGGGAGAGUUAUUCUGAUUCGGAAGAACAUUAGAAAAGGAAUUCAAGGCCAGAAGGAUUGAAAUCUUAGGAUUUCAUUUUGGUUCCUCUGUCGCAAAUUACCACUAAAUUAUCAGUUUCAAGUGACGUGUGGCUUCCAAGGAUUUGUGACACACAUUAAUUUUCUGUAAUGCAUAAAGCCUUGCCACGGCCUUUAGGUGAUGGUCUAGGAGACUUACAGGUUAUGUUGUACUAAUUCCCUUCUUCCCUUCUCUUUUUAUGUAACUCUACAAAUUCAACUCCAGUACUAGCAGACCACGUGGAUCGAGUUUGAUGAUUAUUUUAUACGAUGAGACAACCUGUUAGUUUUGUGGUGUCUAGGAGUCUUUAUGUUAUUGUUCUGAUUCCAUUAUUUCUAGCCACAUCCCAACUUGAACUCUUAAUAAAUGCUCUUAUGACUUGGUGA